CCAAUGUUCUGAUCCAGAUCUCCUCCCAUGGGGGGUCAUAGGUCAUCACUAAGUUGGCAGGUAUGGAAGAAGAAGACUUGAUGUUUUCCACCCGAGAUGAGCAACAGCAGCUGCUGAUGAAGGUCCUUGCUGCAUCCGACCUGGACGCUGAGGAGGAAGUGGUGGCCGGGGAGUUUGGCACACGACCACAGUUCUCGAGGCGAACGGGCACCAUGAGCUCCAUGUCCGGUGCAGAUGACGCCGUCUACAUGGAGUAUCACAGCAGAGGCAGCAAACCCUCCCAACUCAAGGGCGUUCAUCCGCUGUUCAAACGCUUCAGAAAAUAGAUGCACUGACUGAGACGUUCACACCGAAAUACCUACUCUGUUGCUUAUCAACUGAUUGAGCUGGUUUCACAGAACUGCAUUUUCUCAGAAUGAAACCCGAAUUGACCUGAGUUAAUCAGCUUUUGAGGUAAUGUGGCAAAGAUUUGAAAGGUUUAUACAUCACAACCUUAAUUCACAUAAAUCGGUGGAUACUACGGAUUAGUGUUCCUGGUUGUGCCCCAUGAUGUUAUUGUAAGUUAAUAUGAAUUGUUAGAGAGUUUACUUUGUAAUGUUGCUAAAUGUUUUUUGGAAAAGAA